AUGAUUUUUACAUAUUCAACGACACGUUGUUACAACGCGAAUCGAACCGACAAACCGACAUUGCGCGAAUUGGGUCGUUUGCAACUGGCGUAUCUAUCUGGACUCUUGGAUACCGUUAACGAUGACUAUCAGGACGAUAAAUACCGAAGCAGUGGUAACGACAACGACAAUGACGAUGACGAGGACAGCGGUCGCACGGACGAAAACGGUCGAAUCAUGCCAUCGUUCUUAGCGCACCAAGCGGAGCAAUUGCAAAAUCCAAUAAAGAUCAGAAAAUUAUCCGAAGCCAUUCGUCGAGACGCCCAAGAUCUGCACAUUCUGAUCGAUCCGUACCAGUUGCUGCUUCGAAUGUACGAUAUACAGUGCGACGUGUCGAUCAAUAUGACCGAUAUGGCUCUAGCCAAUUUCCUUCGUAAUUUUCUGGACGAAAGUGACUGCAACAAACGCCCGAGUUCGCUCGGGCAGUUGCCACCACCACCACCACCACCAUUACCACUAUCGCAGCAAUCACCGUUGCUGCAAAAGCUACCGAUGUUACCGCGGACGAUAGCACCGCAGCAACUACCGGUCAACAGAAAUGCAAACGCAAGGCUUCUCCUCGCGCACCGAAAACGGCAAAACGAGCGAAGAUUGCGAGAAACAGUAUGCCUUUUCUACAGACAGAUGUUACCAUUCCGAUUCAGCAGACUCAACUCUUUCUAAGGCCAAAAUGUUACGCGCCAAAAUGUUACGCGCGCGGAACGCGGAAAUGAAAGUGGCUUCGAUCAAACGUUCGAGAUGUGGUCAACAAGAUGAAGGAAGGAAUAUAGAUAGACUAUCCAACCACGUGGCGAUCCAACGACAAUUUGUUCAAUCUCAAUUUUAUCGCCGGCGCGGGCGAUAAUCGUACCGUACGACGAGAUUACACCGUACGCGUUGUCGCACCGUGCCAUGAGAUCGUUGUCGCAUCGUACAGGUUGCACCACUAUCGUAGCUUGUCGGCUUAUCGUGGCGCGCGAUAUCGGAGAAAAACCCGGAGGAUAUAAUUUACUUCCGAGACGAGUUGCGUUCAGUGUUAGCCCUUGCGAAAAAACGAACUGUACGCUUUAACGCACCAACCACGACUACGAUAUACAACGGUGGAAACGAAGACUUGGCGUUGUUGGACGAUCCGUUGAAAGCGAAGAAUCUACUGGUAGAUAUGGAACGAUUCGAUCUUGAUCUGCCACAACUAGCUACUGUUCAGAGAAACAAUGCCAAAAGAUCUACCACGGCCGCGACGGUUCGUACACACGAUGACGUCACUUUUGUAAGAUCGACGCAACCUCGUUCAUUUCACGAACUGGUAUGUAUCGUCGCGACGUACGAAAUGUUGAAUCCAGACAAACGGAAACGUAUUCUCAGCGAAAUAUUGAGUUCUCUCGAUUCCGUGGAACGAGAGCUUUGCACAAGCCGUGUAACUUGUCAAAAGUUCAAUAUCAUGCGAUUUCUGUGCUAUGGAAUUGAUAAAAAUAUCGAUGCAAUACGCAAACAGACUCUGCAGCGCAUAAAGCUUAUGGGUUUUCACGGUCUGAAAAAUCUAACCGACAAGAUGAUGAUCAAGAACAUCGAUUUCUGGUAUGAUUACAAAUCGGAAAGUUCUGUCGAAAUUGCAUCAACGCUCUGUUGAAAUUGUCUAACGGUCGAAACGGUCUAUGUCCUGAGUUCGCUCGAGAAGCUGCCAAUACCACCACCACCACCACCGCAGCAACCACCAGUCAACAGAAACGCAAAGCUUCUCCUUGCGCACCGAAAACGGCGAAUCGAGCCAAGACUGCGAAAAACAGUAUAUCUCUUCAACCGACGGAUGUUACCGUUCGAUACAGCAGACUCAACUCUUCCUGAGGGACCAAAAUGUUACGCGCGCGGAACGCGGAAAUGAAAACAGAGUUUCGCGGAACAAACAAGAACUCUAUUUCUAUCUAUAUACAAGAGAGCGUUUUAAGAAGCCGAGAGAAAUCAGAGACACGUCCGCCGGCAAGCGCAAUCUCUCUUCAACUCCUCGUUGACACUUCGUUGCCGUAGCAAACAACUGAUCGGCAGCUGACUCGCGGUCGAGAAGUAUAUCGGGCGGCGCGCGUAACAAUAUUAUUUUAGAUAUAAAGUAUGUAACAUAAAUAAUAUAUAAUAUAUUGGUUAAAUAAAAAACUAAACAAAGAAAUAUA